AUGUCUAGAGGGAUGCACACCCUCCAAAGACAGGAAUUCAUCAUGGAUGCCUAUAUGGAGAUUCUGGAAUGCAACCAUGGUGAUGGUAAUCAAGGUGGAGUGGAAGAGCUGUUGGUUUGUGCAUUGGGUUUGAAUGGUGGAGGAAUUCCAAUUGAAGUUGCUGAUUUUUAUGGAAAUAUGUAUGUAGAAGAUUAUUUAGAUUCAUAG